AUGGCAGAGUUCAAUAUUGAAGACAAAGACUUGACGUCCCUUGAGGGCAAAGUAGUCAUUAUCACAGGAGGGUCAUCUGGCAUAGGACUUGCCACGGUUGAAUUACUUUUGUCCCUCAGGGUAUCUGUAGUUUGCGGUGAUGUUCAAGCCCCUCAAAAAAACUUUGGACGUACAUAUACAUUCAUCAAAACGGAUGUCUCAAUCUGGAGAGAUUUAGUUGCACUUUUCAACAACACAAAGAAGAUAUAUGGCCGUAUCGAUCAUGUCUUUGCCAAUGCAGGGGUUGGCCCUCAGGCAGAGUACUUGUGUACAGACUUUGACGAAAACGGUGAUGCAGUCGAGCCCUCGACUCAGCUUCUCGACAUAAGUCUCAAGGGUGUCAUCAACACCUCUACCCUCGCGAUUCAGCACUUACGCCAGCAGGAAGAUGGUGGCAGCAUUGUUAUCACUGGAUCCGCGACCGGUUUGCAGCGCUUUCGAGCUAUUGACUAUGCUACAGCCAAGCACGGGGUUCUCGGCUUCGGUCGAGGUCUUAUUCCACGGCUUCAAGAAGCCCAGCUUCCAAUCCGAGUCAAUAUCUUGGCUCCCAGCUGGACUGAUAGCAAUGUACUCCCAUCAUUGAAGAGCUUACUUGAGGAUAUACACGUAGAGGUGCAACCUGCCUCGACAGUAGCUCGUUGCGCUGCUUAUCUCAUGGCUGACACCUCAAGAAACGGACAGCUCAUCCAUGUACAGCGUGGUAAAUAUAAAGAAGUUGACGAGGCAGUUUUGCUUCCAGCGUAUCGGCGAAUCAAUGGUGGCUCCCCAAGCGAGGAUGAAGUUCUUCGACGACUAGAAGAAGUCAAAGAGUACGGCAUGGUUCGAGUACAGCCGCAGGGUAUCAUUUUAGGGCGGUCUAAGCUUUAG